AUCAUCAGCAAGCCAUGCAGAUGUUGACCAUUUGAACAUAUGCCAGGACCACUUCUUACAAAGGAACUGCAAUCCCUCAUGGCCAACUCCAACUCCAACCUGAGGACUCAAAACAAUGAGAAGGACGGCGAGGUGACCGUGCAGACAACCCGAACCACAAGCCUGCGCAAGGCUAAGGCCCACUUCCUGAAGGGGGUCUCAUACUUCGCUGGAGACAUGCCACUGUUUGCCAAAUGGAUGGAAAAACAGUUUUUCUUGCUCCAAUUACUGGAUUGGGUUCUGCGCGGAGCUGCCCAGGUUAUGUUUGUCAACAAUCCCCUGAGUGGCCUCAUUAUUUUCGCCGGCCUCAUACUGCAGAACUACUGGUGGGCACUCAACGGCUUUGUGGGGACUCUCUUCGCCACCGUCUCGGCCCUCAUUCUGCGACAGAGCAGGGGUGCCAUAGCUGCAGGACUGUAUGGAUACAAUGGAAUCUUGGUGGGCUUGUUGAUGGCUGUCUUCUCCAAUGCAGGAAACUGGUACUGGUGGCUCCUGCUGCCCAACGUCUUCAUGUCCAUGAUGUGCCCCAUUCUGUCCAGUGCCUUGGCAUCCAUUAACAGUCGCUGGGAUCUCCCCGUGUUCACGCUUCCCUUCAACAUCUUAGUGUGCCUCCACAUGGUGGCCACGGGUCACUACAACCACCACUUCCCCCAAGUCCUCAUCCAACCCCGCUCUGAGCUGCCCAACAUCACCUGGACGGACAUUGACGUGGCGAAGCUCUUCAUGUCCGUGCCUGUGGGAAUAGGCCAGGUCUACGGCUGCGACAACCCCUGGACAGGAGGCCUCUUCAUCAUCUCGCUCUUCAUCUCUUCCCCCAUAACAUGCGCUCACGCUGUGCUAGGUUCUACCAUCGGCAUGGUUUCAGGACUGGCUUUGGCGGCUCCAUUCAGCGACAUUUAUUUUGGCCUGUGGGGAUACAACUGCGUGCUGGCGUGCAUCGCCAUCGGCGGAAUGUUCUAUGCUCUCACGUGGCAGGUGCACUUGCUUGCUAUUACCUGUGGGUUCUUCUGUGCAUACCUGGGCUCCGCCAUCGCCAACAUCAUGUCUGCGUUUGGUCUGCCCGCCUGCACCUGGCCCUUCUGUCUCUCCGCACUCACGUUCCUCCUCAUCACCACGGAGUGCAACAAGAUCUUCAAGCUGCCGCUGGCCAAGGUUGCCUACCCCGAGAAAAAUCUCGGCUUCUUCUGGAAAAUGAAGAAAAAAGAGAAGGCGGAGAAGCUCGAGGAGGAAAGGAAAAACCAAGAGGAGCAGAUUCUCGACGAGAAAGAGCGGCUGAGGCUCGCGCUUGAAAACAUGGAAGAAGGCCGGACGUCACAAGUGGAUGCUGGCCAAGCAAAGAGCGAGCAAAGGGACACAACUACCUGAAGAACGUCUCACAAAUUGUGUUUGAAAUGAAUAUUUUGCCUGUAUAUUACAGGGGUGUUAAUAUUUUGUUGUCUCCAUCAACAUUAAUGGCCUCAGAUCCCCCAUCCUUUGACAAAAUAUCAUAGAACUGAAAAUGCUUUAUUGUUAGUAACUCAAGUUAACAGUUUUAUGAACUCAUCUAGUAUUGUUGUAAACCAGAUGUUGUAUUAAAAUAUGUGGCAUUGAAUGCUACAAACAUGUUUUUCUAACAAAAUAAAGUGAUUAGUGCACAAUAA